UCACACACCCAGUGAGGGUAUUUAAAGUCUGCACUUCCAUCCCUGAUCAUCCUGGUUCCAGGUCCUGCUGCUGAGACGACUUCACUGCUCACAACCCAAAGAACGAUGGCUUCAGUUCUUCAUGUCAUCUUUCUCAUCGGUCUGAGCUUCGCGUUCUGGACGACUGGUGACUGUUGCCCUGGUGGUUGGACUCAGUAUGGAAGUCGCUGUUUCUACUUUUGUAAUUACCGAGCUGACUGGGCGAACGCCGAGCGUUACUGCACAGCACUCGGUGCAAACCUGGCCUCCUUCCACAGUUACUAUGAGUACAUCUUCCUGAAGGACCUGGUCAGAACCAAGAAAGGAUCCUGGGAGAGAACCUGGAUCGGAGGCCAUGACGCCGUCAGGGAGAGUGUGUGGAUGUGGAGCGACGGGUCGUUCAACUACUGGCGGUGGGGCAGCGGGGAACCGAACGGAGGUGGCAGAGAAAACUGCAUGGAGAUCAACCUGAAAGGAUCUCAACAAUACAUCAACGAUGAAGGCUGCAGCAGAAAUAAUUACUUCAUCUGUGCUAAAAAAGCCUAACUUGAAGGUGACCUUGUGACCUUCUCACUGGUGAUGUCACUUCCUCCAGGACGUCAGGCCUCGAUGGCGUCGCUGCUGGAAGACACGGAUAAAUAAAGUCAAAUAAACUCAUGAAUAAACAGUUUUUUCCUGUCGUUUCAUUAAAGAUCGAAAGCUUUACAAUAAAAAGCUGUUUGUGGAAUAAA